AUGUCCGCUCCCAGCCCAAUGAUCUUAUCGGGUGACUCCGCCAUGUUCGAGUCCGAAGAUUUAUUUACUCCUCACGCCAACCAGCACUUCAACCUUUUCGAAGGCCAAGAUGCUGUUGCCUCUGUCGAAAAGAGAGCCAUCGAUCCGCCACUCGGAUCCAUGCCAAACUACAAGUCGUCUGCUGCCGAUGCCCACAAUGUGGAAGUGACUCCUGCUUCCCCAUUCCAGAUUCAUUCCAGCGACCAGACUCCUAUGUUUGACGAGUUAGACUUCAUCGUGGAGGGCUCCAAGAUCAACUCCAAGGACGAUUGGGUGUCACUCUUCGGAAACGAAGAGUCCAUGGCUCCAAUUGGAGAAUCUGUGGCGCCUCCCACUGGAAGUGCUCUCUACGAAACCAGCGAACAGAUUGAAGAGCCAGUCUCUUUGAUUGCUGAAGAACCCGUGGCCCCUGUCGUGUCCAAGAGACUGUUCAGCGAGGUCGAGGAGUCUUUGGAAUUCGCUCCAUUCAAGCACCACAAGAAAGAACAGCCUACCCAGUUGUUUACCCCAAACCCAUCAUCCACCCUCCCUACACCCUUGUUGGAUAGCACUGCUAAGCCCAAGAAGGACUCGAGCAAGAAGCUCGACCAUCUUGGGGUUGUCAGCUACUCCAAGAAGCAACGUUCCCAGCCUUUGAUGCCAGUUGAGCUCGACUCAUCUGAUCCUGCUCUGUUGAAGCGUGCCAAGAACACCGAGGCCGCCAGAAGAUCCAGAGCUCGUAAGAUGGAGAGAAUGUCUCAGUUGGAAGAGAAGGUGGAGUCAUUGAUCAAUGACAAGGAAGAGUUGAUUUCCGAGGUUGCCAGAUUGAAGGAGUUGUUGAUGGCCAACGGCAUACAGUCGUAG